UCAGUCGAGUUUCGCGUUUGAUUCGCUGCGGAUCGGUAUCGUAAUACUGUUAGUGCCCAUAUAUAGUACACGUUUUGCCAUCGAUAUGCGUCGAAUUCGGCGGUGGUUUGGUCUAUAGAAAACGGUGAAAAAAAACGAAAUCAACCAUUAUGGAGUUGGCAUUGUUCACCUUAAAUUUGUUCGAUGUGGUUUCGGUGGUGCUCACAUUUCUUGUGAUAUUCCUAGUGCAAAUUCUUAACGUUUACUUGCAUAUACUCGACGAUAAUGCCGAUAAUGGCAAAUCGAUCGAUGUGGUGGACAGGGCCCCAGCGAAAGAAUGCCCGUUACUUGAGUCCCAGUCACCCAGUUCACCCAUCGCAACCACUCCACCGAAAUCCCAGACAACGGGCAACGGCAAGUUGGAGAAGCAAAUAAGUCUGCUGGACAGCGAUAGCGGCAUCUCAUUGAGUUCCAUCAACACCUGUUCAACAACCGCAGCGAACUCAUCCCCAACAUACCGAGCACCCAAUGGCUUCCACUCCUUCCCAUCGCACACGCUCAGUUUCGAGACUCUGGGCGAUGAGUACCACGAGGAUGAGGACACGUUGUCCUUGGAGAAUCUGUUUCCCUGCGAUCAAACCGAGAUCUAUGCCUCCAAGAAGAUUAGCUUCAUAAUCGACGAGCUCAUCCAGACGGAGGUGAACUAUGUGAACAAUCUGAAGAAGGGUAUGCUGAACUAUGGCCAGCUGAAGGAUGUCGAGGAUCUGCCAGAAGCCCUGAAUGGCGAGACGAAGCAGAAGAUGCUGCUGGGAAACAUUGCGGAGAUUCUGGAGCUGCAUGAGAAGGAGAUACUGCCGCUCAUGUUGCGCAAUCAGCGGGAUCUCAAAGGUCUAUUCGAUGAGUUUGCUGCUCAUUUCGAGAAAAAUAGCUUCUACUGCUAUGUGAGCUUCACCAUGGGCAAGAAGUCUUCUAUGCAACUGCGACAGGAUAAUCGACUGUGGUUGCAGACAUAUCAAACCCAAAUAAAAGACAAGCUGGGCAUCGACAGCUUCCUAGUUCAGCCCAUCCAAAGACUGACCAGAUAUCCAUUGCUCCUGCAGCAGUUCAUAUCGGAAUUCUACAAAAGUGGAAUUAGUUGCAAGCCAGUGCUAACUGCAGUUUGCAAACUGGAGACGCGCAUGCGACGCGCUCUGGAUGUGGUCAAUCAGGCCGAGGAGAUACCCAACAUCGAGGAGCUCAACGAGUUGGACCUCCUGCAGCUGGGAAACUUCCGUCGUGCGACGGAGUUCGACGCCCAGCACUUUCCCACCCGGAAAAAGUACCGCUCCAAGGUGUUCCUGUUCGACCGCUGUCUGGUGUGCACGGAGGUGCGAAAGAAGCGGUUGGCCUACCGGCAGCACUACAACUGGGAGCACGUGGAGCUGCAGAGGCCGCUGGACUCGGUCUCGUCCAAUGCCAACAAGAUCAUUAACCUGCUGGUGAAACAGGAGGAGGGCGGAUCCAGUGUCGGCUCCAAGCGGGAGGAGUUCUCCUUUACGGCUGCGGAGGCAUCGGUGGUGAAGCAGUGGCUCCAGGCCACCCACAAGAUCAUCGAGAUCGCGCGCAACGAGCACGCCAGGCGGAACACCUUUAGCCUGCCCAUGGACCUGGUCCUCGGCGUGGUGCUGGCCAUUUGGCUGAUCUGGCAGUACUUGUAGAUAGUUCCCACCUCAAUGCAACAACCAUGUCCACAUGCCCAUCUAGAUCGUAGAUAUCUAAGAAUAAAGCUAAGUUAUUUCGUA